GAAGUUCCCCAAUCUGGGUUUUGCGAUAGUAUCUUUCCCAGUUCUGGGUUUAGUCAUGCACCCACCAAAUUGUGGAUACUUAAUUUAGAUCAAUCCCAUCUUCGAACACUCCUCUCAUUUCUACGACAACACACAAACGCCUCGCAUUAUUGCCCAAUUGAUCUUGAAAUAUGCCAAACCAAGGACUAUUAUGGGUGAACUCCCGCAUCACCUCGACUUCUCUCACAAAGUCCUCGUUUGAAGGAUGGUACAAUGAGGAACAUGUCCCUGAUGUCCUCAGUACGAAAGUAAUAUCUUCAGCUUGUCGCUAUAACAAUAUCAAUCCCGCAGAUUCACAUCCGUAUUUGGCAUUGUAUCCAUUCGAAGAUAUCAGCUUUUUUGAAACCAAGGGAUUUAGCGAGAUUCCGGUGAGGAGCAAAAAGUACUUUCCUGGUGGCGAAACAUGUUUUGAUCUCGCGGAGUUUGAUACGAGGAUCUAUGAGUGGAUUCAUGGAUAUGAGAAGCCGGGUGCGAAGAGCGGUAUGUAAUAUUUUAUUUCUAGAUAGUUGGAGUGUGAAAAUUUGCUGGAACAUAUAACUAAAAUCAAACCCAAGGCCCAGCAAAAAUGAUAAUAUCCGCCGGGCUCACUCCUGCAAAAGGGACCGAUGCAGAUUUCGACGCCUGGUAUAAAGAGGAACACUACGGAACUUUGGCCGAAUGUCCAGGAUAUAUUCGCACUCGUCGAUACAAGUUGAAAACAGCACUUAGUGCAAGUAGUUUAGAAACACCAAGGAGCCCACAGUUGUAUUUGGCGUUACAUGAGUUUGAUGUCGAGAGCUUGCCUACGGCGGAGCUGGAUAAGACGCCGCAGACUGACUGGGCAAAACGAGUUAUGGGGAGUUUGGAAGGAGCAGAGGUCAUGGUUUUUAAGUUGUCGAGGGAGUUUGGGGAUGUGAAAGCCAAGUUUUGAAUGG